AGAAGUAAAUAGUUUCGCCAUGUCUAGUUUAUAAGGGCAUAUUUUGGUACAAAUCUUGAAGUGGGUCAACUGAAGUGGGAAGGGGCUGGUACAUACCUUCGAAAAGGAAGCGAUUUGGCAUGAAAAUUUUUGCCUUAUGUGAAAGCCGCAGUGGUUAAAUUUACAACCUUUUAGUUUAUACUGGCGCAGAUACUGAAUACAAUGCUUUGUAUAUAAAUGAACCACUUAUUUCGAGGGUAGUGUUGACAUUGAUUCAUCCAGUUUUAGAUAAGGAAUACCGCCUGUUUUUAGAUAAUUAUUAUACAAGCAUAGACCUCUGCGACAAGCUAGUAAAAAGGACGGACAGCGUCGGGACAAUGAGAAUAAAUAGAAAAGGAAUACGACGGGAACUAAAAGUAAAAUUACAGAGAGGAGAAACUGUAGCACGUUUUAGAAGAAAAGUCAUGAUUUAGAAAUGGCGCGACAAAAAAGACGUCCUUAUGAUAAGCACAGCCCACGAUGACAGCAUGAAAAAAAUUACAGCAAGGAGUGGGUAUACUGAAAAGCCAUCUUGCGUAAUCGAUUACAAUGCCAGCAUGGGUGGUCUUGAUUUAUCUGACAAUUACCUCCACUUUUAUCGAAAUGCUCGUACUAGAGUUAAAAAGUGUUACAUGAAGAUGUUUCUCCAUUUUUUAAGUGUCACUACGUUGAAUGUCUUUCAAAUAAGAAGAAUGGCGGAAAACUAAAAAGACUGAAGUUUUUACUAGAGCUGGGUGAAAAGAUAGUGAAAUAAUACAGCAAACCCUUACAAAUAAAGAAAAGAACGUCUAGAACGCCAAUGUACCAAUGCUCACAAGAUUGACUGAAAGGCAUUUUCCAUCGAUAAUACCACCAACAACAAAAGCAAAACCGACAAACAGAUGCGUUUUAUGUGCUGAAAGAAAGAAGCGAAAAGAGAGUCGUUAUUGGUGCCCAGAGAGUCGUACUGGUCUCUGUCCUGCACCUUGUUCUGGGAUAUACCAUACGAAAGCAUAAUAUUACUGCUAUUUAUCGGCUGUAGUCUGCUGUUAAAUAAAUAAGUUUCAAGUAAUUUUAUGUGCAUUACUUGUUUAAAAACACUACUAACCAUGGUGAUUGUCCCGUAUAUGUACG